GAAAAUAGAAUUUUUUUAAAAAAUGUUAUAGUCUGUUAAUUGCGUCUUAAUUAUUCACAUUAUUUUUAUAUUCAGUGAUAUUACAAAGUUUUUCAGUGGUACUCAUUAGUUCUUUAUUUAGCAAUUUUAAAUGCUAAAUUUUUUUAUGGUUAUAACUGUUGAAAUAUUUUGCAGUGUUAUUUAUUAUUAUAAAUAGACACGUUUGUUACUCUAAAUAGAGGCGUAUAAUUUCAACUAAAAUGAACAUUUACGAGGCUGCUAAAAAUGGAAAUAUCACAGUUCUUGAGCAUUUAAUUGAACGAAUAUAUCGCAAACAUGCAGAUGUUCGUGGCAGAAGAGAAGCUCUUUCUGCAACAGAUGCUUACCAUUUAACACCUUUACAUUACGCUGUCAAAUAUGAUCACCUAGAUGCUGCUCAAAUUCUUUUAGACAAAGGAGCAGAUGUCAAUGCAAGUGGUGAUUAUGAUGUCACUCCAUUACAUUAUGCAAUAAGAUUCAUGGUAAAAGAUUGUUCAAUGAUGCAACUUUUAAUUUCGAAUAAUGCUACCAUAAAUGCUAAGGAUAAGUUUAGUUCCACUCCACUUCAUUAUGCAUGCUUAAAAGGAAAUGUCAAGGCUGUUAAGGAACUUUUGAAAGCUAAAAAUGUUGAUAUAGAGGCUAAAGAUCAGUUAAAUUCAACCCCACUGCACAGUUGCUGCAUCAAUGGUAAUAUUGCUAUUGCAAAAAUGUUAAUUGAUUGCAAUGCAAAUAUUGUUGCUGUAAAUGAUGCUGGGUUUACACCACUUCAUAAUGCUUGCACCCAAGGUAAUAUUGAGUUACUCAGCUACUUGUUUGAAGUGAUGGAGAAUCUUGAUAAAUCAUUACUUCCUACUUUGAUUUCAAGGCAAAAUAAAGAAGGUCAAUCUUUUAUUCACCUUGCUGUUCUUGGUUCUUAUUCUGCAAUUGUUAAACUACUCCUUGAGAAAGGAUGUGAUGUAAAUCAAUGCAUGGAUGGAGAGGAGACCCCAUUACAUAUAGCAACUGUAAUCGGUAAUAUAGAAAUUGUGGAGUUUCUACUUUUGCAUGGUGCUGAUGUUGAAAAAAGAAAUUCAAUAGGGAGAACUGCAUUGCACAAAGCUGCCGAUUUUGGGAAGUAUGAGAUUCUUGAGCUCCUGAUCAGUAAAAAUGCUGACAUUGAUCGUUUUGACAAUUCUUAUUUAACUCCUCUUCUUUUGGCAUCAAGUAGACCUGGUAACCAAAAGACAAUACAAACCCUUCUAAAGUGUGGCGCUCAGGUGGAUUUAACUAAUACUGAGGAGCAAACUGCUUUGCAUAUUGCAGUAAUAAACAACAAUGUGGAUGGAGUUGAGCUCUUGCUAUCUUUCUUAGAAGCAAAAAAAAUUAUUGACAUGUCUGAUAAAGAUAACAACACAUGCUUGCAUAUUGCAUGCAAGAGUGGGUUUGAAAAAAUUGCAAUAAUGUUAAUGGAUGCCAAUGCAAAUGUAAGAUCUCGUAAUAAUUUUGAACAAACUCCUCUUCAUUUGGCGGCAUUUUUUGGACAAGAAGAUGUGGUAGAUAAUAUUUUGGAGAUUAAUCCAUCAGUAAUUAAUGAUCUGGAUCGUGAAGGAAACUCUCCUCUUCACCUUGCUGCAAUGAAUGGGCAUGUAAAUGUUAUAAGUUUUUUGUUAAAAUCCGGUGCAUCAAUCAAUGACAAGAAUACUAAAGGAUUUACACCGUUGGUUUGUGCAGUUAAAAAAGGGCAAACUGAAGCUGUCAAGAAAUUGAUUUUAGAAGGUGCAAACAUCGCUACAGCAGAAAGUGGUCAAGGACCUUUACACCUUAGUUGUGCAAAAGGUCAUUCUAAAACUGUAGAAGUAUUACUUGAUCAUUGCAACAUUAAUGAAACCGAUGCUUUUGGAAAUAAUCCUCUUGAUAUUUGUAUUGAUGGUUGCAAAAUAGAUGCUGCAAAGACAUUGCUUAGUCAUCCAGACUGGAGGAUUGUUUUACAAAACAAGACAAUUGAUUUAGUGACUAUGAAAGUCACCACACCCUUAAGAAAAAUGAUUAAAAAAUUACCAGAUUUGGCAUUAUUUACGUUUGACAAAUGUAUAACAGAUAGCAAUCAUUUAACUAAUGAUCCUGAGUAUAAUAUAACUCUUGAUUAUGAGUUCUUGGAUGACACAUACUCUCAGUGGCCUUGUGAUACAGUACAAAAACAUAGUUUGAAAGGAUCAACAACAGAUGAUAUAUAUAGUCCUGAAAACAUUCAAAAAAAAAUGGAAUCUAAAAAGGCGCAUUGUCUCAGUUGGAUGAUCAAGUAUAAGCAAAAGGAACUAAUAGCCCAUCCAUUGGUCAUGAGUCUUAUUGCAAAGAAAUGGCAGCAAUUUGCAAUUUUUAUUUAUUAUCUUAAGCUCAUGUUGUAUGUUAUGUUUUUGUUGUCUUUAACAAUGUAUGUUUUAACUACUGCACCACUUCGUACACCUUACCGUGCUGAUGAUUGCUUGCUUCAAGUUGAUAAAAGUCAAUGGGAUUUGUUUUUUUUUGUUUACAUUGGAAAAGUUGUAGUUGUAUUUUUGUCUUUGGCUCAUAUGUUAUUUGAGAUAAUUCAAUUAAUGAAUCAAAGGCUUUCCUAUUUUGCUUUUGGGAACUUGUUGGAGUGGACUGUGUACAUAUUAGCUAUUGUAAAUGUUGCUGAUGACUUUUUGCCAUUGGUUGUUAACAUCCCUGGUUAUAAUGGAAUUAUAUGCGGAACAUACCAAAAAGCUGCUGGAGCUUUAUGCAUUUUUCUUGCCUGGUUUAACUUUAUUUUAUUCAUACAAAAAGUACCAAUGUUUGGAAUUUAUAUCGUCAUGCUGUUGUUUGUCAUAACAACCUUUAUGAAGUUUUUUGUUGUUUUUGUCUUUCUAAUUAUUGCAUUUGGUCUUUCAUUUUACUUGUUGUUUCAUGAUUACAAUGAGCUUCCAGCUUUUCACCAUCCAUUUACUGCUUUGGUGAAAACAGGAGUCAUGAUGACUGGUGAAAUUACUUUUGAUGAUGUUUUUUCAAAUAAUUUAUCCUACCUUGAUAAACCUUUUGUAACAGUUACCUGGAUAAUUUUUUUACUCUUCCUCAUAAUAAUGGUCAUUGUGCUUAUGAAUCUCCUGGUUGGUCUAGCUGUUGAUGACAUACAAGCUGUGCAGAAAGAAGCAGAAUUAUCAAAAGCUACAAUGCAGAUUGAAAUUUGCUUGGAUUCGGAAAAAAUAUUGCCGCAAAAACUGAGAAUGCAGUUUGUUAAAUUUAAGUCACAGACAUUUUACCCAAACAAAGAUGGUUUGCCAUUAAAUAUUUCAUCUGAAGUUUACCAAUCAAUACAGGACAUUUUGAAAGAAAGAAAGGAUAACGAGUUUGGAGUUAAUGAAGAACUUAGAGAUAUACAUGAUAGUGUGACGGCUAUAGAUGAAAAGUUAAAAGAAAUUGAAAAACAAAUGCAAGAAGUUAACGACGUCAACGAACAAUUGAAUAAUCUACAAUCCAUGAUGGUUGAAGUAUUAAAACACCAACGUCGAAGAUCCUCCAAAUCUAAAACGAAAGCUGAUGAAUAAAAACAUAGCAAUAAUAAAGUUUAGUAAAUAUAGAAAUAAAACAUUUCAAUUA